GAGGACACUCUCUCGUUCUACGACCCGGCCGAGUUCGCCGCAGGCUUCAAGAAGACCAUGGCGUUCCAGCCCCGCGUCAUCAAGCAGAACAGGGGCUCGUCCGGCGAGGGCAUUUGGAUCAUCAAGCUGAAGGCGGGCAACUACUGCUCCAGCUACGGCGAGCGCGUGUGCAGCGACGACGAGGUCCUCGAUCUCAUGGAGGCGAACGACAACCACGCGGAGGAGCACACCGUGGCCGAGUUCGUCGAGUUCUGCGUCAAUGGCCGCACCGCCAAGUCAGGCACCUGGACGUCCAAGGGCGUCGGCAAGUACCUGGAGGGCGGCAAGGCGGCAGGAGGCAUGCUCGUGGACCAGCGUUUCUGCCCCCGCAUCGUAGAGGGCGAGCUCCGCUACAACAUGGUCGCCGACGUCCUCGUAGGGAUCAUCCACAAGAAGCCCAAGGAGGGCGGCAUCUCCGCCGUCGGCGGCACUGGCUCGAUCUACACCUUCUACGGGGGCGACGAGCCCAAGUUCAAGAGCCUCACCGACAACUUCCUCGUCAAGGACCUCCCGCACGUCAUGCCGGCCCUCGGCCUUGCCGACGAGCCGAUCCCGCUCUGGUGGACGACCGAUUUCAUCUUGGCCUCGCCGGAGGGUACUCCCUCGGAUCAGGAAAAGUGGAUCGUUGGUGAGUUCAACUGCUCGUGCGUGGGUAUCUCCAAGUGCCUGGCGGCUUACUGCAAGGACGACACGCCGAAUGCAUGCUACGACGACAUCUCGGCCGAGGACAGGGUUGAGCUGAAGAUGUACGAGGGCUUCCUGGGCCAGAAGGCGCAGGAGCUCCUCCGCAAGGGCGUGCCCCCGUCGGCGGGCCCAGUGGGCGUCGCCUCCCUCACGCGCAUCGCCACGGACGACCUGGGCCUGAUGGACCAGCCGGUGUCCCCGAGCUACAAGGGCGCCCUCGCUCAGAUCUACGUGCGCAGCGCGAAGUACGGCGGCUCCGACAAGAGCAGCAACGGCCACAGGUACGACUCGAUCCCGUUCGCCAACGGAAUGAUCAAGGCCGGCAUGAGCUGCCAGCUGAUCCACUACGUCUGGCAGGAGCACAACGAGUUCAUGAAUGUGUGCAAGGGCUUCGACUUCAUCAUCGUGCGCUGCAACCCCGGGCAGAUCGGGGCCGACGGUGGUUCCCAGCAGAAGUUCGACGACGGCAUGCGCGGCCUCCGAAGGGCCGGCAUCCAGGUUUGGCCCUCCCCAGACGUGAUGGAGUUCAUGGGCGCGAAGGACGCCCUGUGCAAGGUGGCCACGCUGAACAUCGGCCUGGAGGACACCCUCUCGUUCUACGACCCCCUCGAGUUCGAGGCUGGCUUCAAGAAGACCAUGGCGUUCCAGCCCCGAGUGAUCAAGCAGAACCGCGGCUCCUCCGGGGAGGGCAUCUGGAUCAUCAAGCUCAAGAAGG